UUCUCUUUGUCUUUUGCCCAUCGUAAAAGGGGGGGCAUCAUCACUCCAAGACCCCUCCCUGACCAAUUACACUUCAUUCCGCCACUUCUGGGACACUUAACGGGUCCACACUUGUGUCUAUCUUCGCAGCCGACGUUUUCCUAUGUUUUCGCUGGAUUGACGGAUGCUCGUUGCUGGCGAACACAUAAGAGAAGUGACAGAGGCCUCGUUGUUUGGAUAACAUCAUAUUGUUCGUUGGACGAAGAUGUGUUGGUAGCAAGGUCGCCGAGUGUGUGUUUUCAAAGUGGAGUGAUAUGGUGAUGUCUUCGUGAUGCGUCGCUGUCUCGCGCUCUGCUGUUUUGUCGUGUCUGGUUGGAUUGGUGGCUUCUGUGGUGACGGUGCAGACGCACGAAGUAUUGACUGCACAGAGACAGCUGAGACAUUUUUGCAGUCCACCAGCUGCGGGCCCUGCACAGUGCACUGCAAGCAUAGUUGUCAUAAUGACACUGAAGCGGAUGUCUUAGGCACUGAGUUCUACGCUCUGGCCUCGUCCAUCUGUAAGAGUGCCCUGCAUGACUUGCGUAUUUCAUCCUGGAAUGCGAGUGCCAGGACAGUCACCUUCGUGGCCUCUCCAGAGGAUGACAAACGCAGUGACUUCACGGGGUCUGUCCGUUUCAACAUCCCUUCAAGAGACGGUUUUCGACUCUCUAGAUAUUUCUAUUUCACCUCGCCUAGGAUCACCGAGGAAGUGCUGGAUAUCACCAUGCUCCAUCGUAACUUUAUCUAUUCCUCACUCAACGGUAAAGACUACCCGAAAGAGACUCCUUCGCAAGAAUGCCACGUGCCUCCUGAAUAUACGGCACACUUUGAUUACACCCUUAAAGAAUUAGACCUCAAGGGUGCUGUCGACCUCUCACCUAGGCCCAUCAACGGAUACUACAACAUCGUGUGGCCGAAGACAAUUUACCCUCAUCUUCGUACUAACAUGUUCUGGUGCAGAAUCCAGGGUAGAAUGACAUCGGACAUUGCAUCUCCCGCUAUGUUCUUCGGCGACAUCGAAACUGCCGUUCCAUUUCUUCCAAAACACUACACGACCACCGUAAGCCUGGAUGAACCACUGGACAUAGAAGUGGUUUCAUUGAGACAAGGCGAGGUGACAUCGUGGGUCAAGGUGGAUGGGCAUGGCAGUGGGAGUCGGCCUAUUCUGAGCCACAUUCCUAAGGGAACGUAUAAGCUACACCGCAACACAGCAUCGCUGCAUCACGGCGGAGUAUAUGUCGUCAACGGGCCACACACAAGAUCUCCCGGAAAGAACCGUGCUCUGUUGCGAGUCAUCGUGCGGAUGUGCAAAGCAAGAACGUACGGACCUUUGUGCGAAUCCACGUGCCCUGGCUGCAAAAACGGUGGAGUUUGCCACGACAUCACGGGUCGUUGUAUUUGUCCACCAGGGUUUAAAGGAAAACUCUGCGAAGAACCUUGUGGCGAUGACAACUUCGGCAGGCACUGCCAGAAGCGUUGUUCAGACACAAACCCCGACCCUCAGUCCAAGACCUGUUCCGGCAUCAUGAUCUGUCUUCCCGAUCCUUAUGGCUGUUCUUGCGGAACUGGGUUCAAAGGCCCCUUUUGCAACGAAAAGUGUUCUCCACAUGAAUACGGCGCCGACUGCAAGCAGAACCGCAUCUGUUUCUGCAAAAAUGGCAGCACUUGCAAUGGCUUCACUGGAACCUGCUUACAAGACAAUGGACAAUGUCUCGAGGGAUGGAAAAACUCACCUUUCUGCGAUAUCAGCUACCCCCUUCUUAAGGACAAACCCGAGCUCGAAGAGAUCAGGGACACCAGCGCUAAAGUGUCGUGGAACGCUUGGAAGUCUGGGACAGAAACAGGAGAAGGAGUCCCUAGCGCGUACUGGCUACAGUACAAGGAAGCUGCGGCGGAGGAUUGGACUACAGCUGUGGUUCCAGUUUCUCGCGGACAGCCCAGUUCCUCUGCAGGAAGAUACAGCCACGAGCUCACAGGAUUGAAACCCUACACAUUCUACGAUGUCCGAGUCGUAGUGAGAGACAGCGACAACAAGUACCGGACAAGAGGAGCCCAAGAAGAACACUUUCGCACGCAUUGUGGACGUCCUUCGGAAUCGCCUUCUUCCAUACGGAUCGAUAAUUCUCGCAGCAGAAUGAUCAUUGUCAAGUGGGAGAAUCCUCCUCGGCGGUCUUGGAACUGUUGGACCAUCAAUGUCACCCUCAUGUACAACGACAGCAGGGCUACAUUCAAUCUAACACAUCCAGAAUCCCAUCCAAAAACUAAUCACUCGUUCCCCACAAAGCCGUAUACUUUAUGGAACAUCAAACUUCGUAUGGAGACUCCAGAUGGAGAACCAGGAGAAUGGACUGCUAUGAACAGAGUUUUCUCCGCUCAAGAUGCUCCUUCUCCGGUUCUUGGUGUGACUGCAGUACAGAUACAUCCUCGGAGUGCAAUCAUUGGAUGGCUUCCACCCAGCGAGCCCAACGGGAUCCUCCGGAACUAUGGGAUUACGUACCAGGCGGAAAGGCUCUUAGCGCCACAAUGCUACAAAAGUGAAAAGGGAGAUAUGAACAGCAUCAACGUGACCUACGGCGCUCAACAGAUAACGCUUAGAGGGCUGAAGCCAUAUGCUCAAUACGUCUUUGUGAUCAGAGCUUUCACCAUCAAAGCUGGAACAGAGACGACAUUGAGAUUCAACACUUCAGAAGCAGUUCCUGAUGGAAUGGCAUCAUUCACGACGCCUACCAUAAAGCGAGAGUACGUGGAGAUAAGAUGGUCUGACGUUCCGUGCGACCAAGCCAAUGGGAUCAUCUCUACAUAUCACGUGACUGCCCGCAGCCUGGACCCAUGGGACACGGAAGUAUACAAUCAAACGACCACAAAGAACAGGAUAACCUUCAAUACCUUAGUGCCAUACAACCGCUACGAUGUGCGAGUGAUCGCCGAAAAUGGUGCUGGACUAUCGAGACUACACGAUUACAUGAACUUCACCACACUGCCAAUAGAGCCUCUUGCCCCCACCUCACUCGUAGCAGAACAGCAGUCAAGAACGAGCAUUUCCUUAACAUGGGACGCUCCCAACCCACCUUACGGUGUCCUCGCGAGUUAUACGAUUGUGUUUCGACCACAACAUCAAAGUUACUUUGAGACGAAGAAGGAAAUCGGCGCCAAAGAAGCCAUCUGUCGUGGAAUGAAAGACCGGAAGAAACAGUGUUUUACCAUCGAGGAUCUUCAGCCGGACACCAAGUACUUCAUUACGGUGUCUGCGACUAACGUAGGAACAAUGAGGGGACCCCCAUCGGAGGAAAUAGAAGCGGAAACGAAAGAAUUACCUCCUGAUCCACCGAGAGAAUUGUCUGCCACGGACAGAACAGAGCAUAGUAUCAGGGUAGAAUGGAAGGAGCCGCUACGCAAGAAUGGAGUUAUCAAGCAGUACAGGCUGAACACAUCGUUGGUGCACUCGUACGACGUGGAGUUGUUGAAUGCAAGUCGUCCAAACUCUGCUGUCUUGUGGAAUACCUCCGUCCUGUGGUACGACCUGAAGCCCCUGUUCCCCGGUUGCACUUAUGGGGUGUGCGUAGAAGCAAGCACAAGUGCCGGUUUUGGGCUACCCGAGUGUAGGGAAGUUACCACCAAAGCAUCAGUUCCAGUUGUAGAAGCUGAACCCAGCUUGGAAAGAAUCGUCAAUAACACGGUUCACCUCAAACUCUCUCCAAUCACCUUCAAAAAUGGGCCCAUCAGUAACUACUACGUUCUCGUCGUACGAGGCUACGACGACUACCAGGGCGACGUGAACCCUUUGACCUACCAGGAGUCUCGAGAACUUGACCUGCCCUACUACGUGGCUGCUCGUGUCGACCCCAAAGAGUUGAAAGAGGACAAAGAGUUUGUCGUCGGCGACGACUCCAUGGUGGGAGGGUACCAUAACGUUCCUCUGGAACCUACGACUCCGUACCGGUUCGCGUUAUUGGUUGAGAGCAACUUCUCUGGAGAAGUUGCAUACGCUUAUCGCUUAUCUCAGCCUGUUGUAGUUGGACCACACGCUGGGGCUGCAAGCGUUGGCACGGUCGUCGCUGUCAUGGCGGUGCUACUUCUUGUCAUCAUGUUCGCGACAGUGGUGUUCUACUACCAGAAACGAAGACGGGCAGUUCCUUACAGAAGCAAGAAGACCACAGUCCGUGGCUUCAAGGAAACACUGUCCAGGCUCUCGAAAUUGGACGAUGGGGACGUGUCCGAAUCUCGCAUGACACUGAACAUGGACAACGGAGACUGCAUCGUCAUCAGCCCGACACAGAGCAACGGUAUUGUGUCCGUACCGGUUCCGGUGAAAGACUUUCCGUUUCACGUUCAGCGAGGUCAAGAAAACGGCAAACUUAAAGAGGAAUAUAUGAGCGUCGGCCGUGGUCAACUGCACCCGUGGGAAAUCGCCAAGAGGCCAGAAAAUAAGUCUAAGAACCGUUACGGGAAUAUCCUGCCCUACGACCACUCCCGUGUUGUUCUGUCACGAAUCUGUGACCCGGAUUCAGAUUACAUCAACGCCAAUUACGUCCCCGGACACAAGAAUCCCAGAAGGUACAUCGCUACACAGGGCCCAAAACCAGUAACGAUCGCCGAUUUCUGGCGAAUGGUUUGGGAAGAGAACAGCUGCAAGAUCGUUAUGUUGACCAACCUAAAGGAACAGGAGAAGGUGAAAUGCGAGCAGUACUGGCCUGAAUCUAUACAGAAACACGGAGAAAUAACCGUCCGCACGGAAAAGAUAGAGACUUACGUCGACUUUGUUGUUCGAGAAUUUAGUGUAACUAAUGAGAAAGAGGGCAGCACCCGUCAGGUUGUGCAGUUUCACUUCACGACAUGGCCCGAUCACGGGGUUCCAGUUUACCCCGAUGCGAUGCAACCUUUCAUGAAACGUGUUAGGGAAUUCCGCCAUACGGACUCUAAUCCAAUCAUCGUUCAUUGUAGUGGAGGGAUUGGUCGAACGGGGACCUUCAUACUAGUGGACAGCAUGAUGGACCAAUCAGAAGCAGAGGGACAAGUCAACCUCAUGGCGCAGUUACGUGCAGUGAGGCAGAAUCGUAUCAACCUGGUUGAGUCAUUGGACCAGUACCUGUUCGCUCAUCAAGCCCUAGUGGAGAUCUUGUGCUCCAAAUCCCACAAGAUGACCGUCAAGGAGUUCACGGAACGCUUCCACAUGCUCAGGGUUCGAAGCCCAGAAUCUGGGAAAAGUAUAGUAGAAGAAGAAUUCCAGGAACUAAGUUCAUCUAACGCGCCUGCUAAUCCAACUUACAAGGCCGCCAUGGCUCCCCAAAAUACAGCAAAAAAUCGAACGCAGGACAUCCUUGCAGUUGACGCAAGGAGGGCCUACCUGAGUGUUCCUCCAGACAGUGGGCGCACAGACUACAUAAACGCCGUCUACGUUGACGGCUUCAAACGGCGCAACGCGUUCCUUGUGACCCAAUUCCCGCUGCCCGAUACCGUCGCAGACUUCUGGCAGAUGGUGGCGACUAGCAACGCGAGGACAAUUGUCAGCUUGGACAAGCUAGAUCCAACAGAUAAGAGCUGCCCGCAGUUCUGGCCAGAUUUGAACACAACAGCCGAGUACUACGGUUCCAGCGUUCACAACGAAGGAAUGAGGGACACCUCCGGAACUGUGGUUCGGACGUUCAGGAUUGAACAGCCAAGGAAGACGCCGAGGAUAGUACGACAGUUCCACUUGCAAGAAUGGCCGCUAUCCACAGUUACUCGGCUAUCUUGUGACGUCAUCCUGGAUUUAAUACAGCAGGUGGAACAAUGGCAGAGGCAGACGGAGAACAAGAUUCUCAUUGUACAAUGCAUGAACGGCUGCACAAACAGUGGCCUGUACUGCGCUUCGAGCAUCGUCUGUGACCAGCUGAAAAUGGAACAGGAGCUGGACGCGUUCCGAAGCGUUCAGACGAUACGGAACAGUCGGCCGCAGUUCAUUCAUGACCAGGCCCAAUACGAGUUUCUGUAUGACGUGGCCUUGGCUUUCCUGGACAGAUUCGACGCCUACUCCAACUUUCAGUGAUAUCGCAGUAGACGGGUUGUAUAGGGAUAUCGUGAGACACUAUUUAAUACAGCUCCGAAUAUGUUUGUUCUCGAAUGCUGUGUAACAUACUGAAAGAUUUACAGAGAUGCUCAUAUAGGUACCGAGAAGGUGGUGUAGAGUGUCAUAGAUCUGCUGGUAUAGUCUGGUUGCAUCUAGCUGAGUGUUCCUUGGGGCGACCUGCAUUCAAGACUCGGUUGUAGACUUGAGCUGGAGAUUCAUUUGUUUGUUCAUUGGGGUGAUUGUGGUUUUCGCGGUGCAGUCCUUCGUUAUAAAACUGUGUUCUCAUUUGUCA